AUGGUCCAGUCUACUUUCAAGCGUUUCGUUGAGGUUGGCCGAGUUGUCCUCGUCAACGAGGGUCCCUCCGCCGGCAAGCUCGCUGUCAUCGUCGAGAUCAUUGACCACAACAGGGCUCUCAUCGACGGCCCCACCACCUCUGUUCCCCGACAGGCCUUCCCCUACCGACACCUCAUCCUCACCCCCUACACCAUCGCCUCCCUCCCCCGAGGUAUCUCUGCUGGUCCCCUCAAGAAGGCCAUCGAGAAGGCUGGUGUCGCCGAGAAGUGGGCUGAGAGCGGAUGGUCCAAGAAGUUGGCUGCCAGGCAAUCCAGGAAGGAGACCUCCGACUUCGACCGAUUCCAGGUCCAACUCGCCAAGAGGGCUCGACGUGACGUUAUCCGAAAGGCCUACGUCAAGGAGAAGAAGGCUUCUGCUUAA